AUGUCCGCCCAGCUCCAGUCGUGGAUCCCGCCCGCUGGCGUGUUCGCGACGAGCAUCAACAAGCCGAUGCUCCUCGACGGCCACGGUGGCAUUUUUUCGGAGGCAGCCGACAUGGUCUCGCGCUGGUCCGUGCCCAGGUGCUUGCUGGCCACGACUGCGCAGGUCGCGGGCAAGCACGAGGGCGACGACGACAAGGCGCCCACGGAGGCGGCGCCCGCGGAGGCGGCGCCCACGGAGGCGGCGCCAACGGAGGCGGCGGAGCAGCUGGCGGAGGAGAUGGCGGAGGAGAUGGCGCAGCAGCUCCUGGGCGAGACCCCGGCCGCCGCCGAGCCCGCGACGCCGCCCGAGAUCGGGUCCAGGCCGCCGCCGCGCUCGUGCAAGCGGGUGGAGCCCACGCCGACGACGUCGCCAGGCUCGUCGUCGGCGCGCACUCCGCCGUCGAAGCGGUCCAGGAUCCAGCUCAAGACGCGCAGCGAGCAGUGCUCGCCCAUCUACACGCCGAACCCGCUGUGCGACGACAUCCUGAUUGCGCCCGUGCAACCCGCCACUGUGGUCUCGGCCCCUGCUGCCGAAGAUGACGUCGAGGUUGUGACGUACCCGCCCGUGCCGUUCCCCGACGUGGUGAUCAGUUCGCCCCCGCGCGUGGUCAACGUCGCCAUGCGCAGUUCAGGUUCGAGCGGUUCGAUCGACUCUGGGCGCACUGCUGCUACGACCCCUCGGAUGAGGAGCCCAAAGGCGGACGUGCAGCCGAGCUCGCCGUCGGACGACAGUGCGGGCGUGGACCUCGGCGACGUCGAGUACAUGAUGCUCGCGCAAUGGAUCAAGCAUGGCGACGAUGCGACCGACAUGAUGGCAACGGAACUGGCGAAGUGGAUGAAGGGCGACGGCGUACACGACGUGUCGGAGGACGAAGCCGACCUGCUGACGAAGGCCAUCCACUCG